GUGAUUUACUCUCUGAAUAUGAGGAACGAGGAGCAAGAAGCAGCCUUACAGGCCUUAAACCACGCCCACCAUGAUGAGCUGCACCGCAUCCUGAUGGACACGUGCCACGAGGGGGAGGGGUCAGCGCUGAGGACACGCCUCCUUGAUCUACAGGAGUCGCUGGAUGAGCAGCAGCGGGUUGGGGCACAGGUACAGGCCGACUUUGAGUUCUUCCGCCUUCAGGCGGAGGAGAGGGAGCGCGAGACCGAGUCGGAGCUGAGGAAAGAGUUCGAGGAGAAGCUCCAGGUCGCCGAGGAGGAGCUCCUCUUCGCCAAGACGGAGCUCAGUGCCGCGCAGGAGGAGAACCUGAGACUGGGCAAGGAGCUGGAGCGAGCCGGGGAGCAGGUCCAGGAGCUGAGCGUCAAAUUUGAGGAGCUCCAGGAAGCGGCGGACGUGGAGCAAAAGAGGAAACGGGAGGAGAGGCGACAGGAGGACGAGGAGAAGGAGAAACAGGAGGAGGAGAGGAGAACAGAAAAGAACGAGGACCUGGAACGGGAGAAGGCUCUCCUGGAGGAGCUGACGGCGCUGAGGGAGGAGGGCGAAKGGGCCGAGGAGGAGAAGAGGCGCGCUGUCAAGGAGGAGCGGGAGCGGUGGGAGCGGAAGCUGAGCGACCUAACCAAGGAGAAGGAGGGGAUGAGGAAGAAGAUAGAGGCGGAGUGGAGGGAGGAGCGGCAGAGGUGGGAAGAGAGGGAGGAGGAGGAGAAGAAAGGGAUGCACAGCGCUCUGAGAGAACGAGUGAAGAGGGCUGAAGCAGAGGUAGAAGGUCACUUAGAGAGGCUGUCUGAGAACAAGAGAAACACGGUGAAACUCCAGGAGAGAAUCCAGGAUUUGGAGGAGGAGCUGGAGCUGGAUCGAAAGCGUGUGUUGGAGGCAGAGGGCGUGGUUAAACGGGCGGAGGAGGAGCUAGCGGUCGCCAAGGAGAGGCUGCUGCUGCAGGAGGACGAGCUGCAGAGCAGAGCAGAGGAGCUGAUGAACCGCGGGGGCUGCGAGGUGUGCGUUUGCUCCGAGCUGGAGGAGCUGAAGAGCCAGGUGAGCCGGCUGCAGAGCAGGAACAGGGAGCUGGAGCUGCAGAGCAGCGGGCGAAACAGCGACCACGCCCGGCAGAUCCGACAGCACGCCGAGGCUCUGUCCAGRCUGCGCUCAGAGAUGGUCAGAGCCCAGACGGAGGAGCUGCGUCYCAUCCAAAAGCACGCCGACGACGAAAGGGACAAACUGCUGAAGGAGGCCGAGAAGGAGAAGGAAAAACUGCAGAAGGAGAGGGAGCAAGAAAAGGAGCAGCUCGAGAAGGAGAGGAGCAGACUGCGCAGGGAUAGAGACGAGGAGAAGGCGGCGCUGCACAGGGAGGCGGAGGAGCUGAGAGAGCGCCUGAGGAGAGAGAAGGAGGAGGAGGCCGAGCGGCUGUACAAAGAGCUGGAGGUCGAGCGGGUCCGAGUCCGCUCCCAGCUGUACAAGAACAUGGAGCAGGUGGACACGGAGCGAGCCAACGUGCAGCAGAAGCUGGAGGAGGAGAAGAGGAGGCUCGUGGAGAAGGCGGAGGAGGACAGGAAGCGGCUGAAGGAGCAGGUGCGGAAAGCCAUAGAGGAGGUGAUGAGGAGGCACGCGGCGGAACUGAACAGCGUUCAAGAGGCUCUGAGCUCGGAGAGGAAGACCAACCAGGAGGUGUGUGCACGUUUGGAAGAGGAGCGGAGAGCUGCUGAGGAGCUACGCAGCAGGUUGGAGAAGGAGAGAGAAGAGCUGAGGAUAAAGCUGCAGGACACCACCUCUGAGGUUUGCAGGUUGGAGGUUGCGAUCCAGCAGAAUGACAAGAAAGAAAAAGGGACCUCCGAAGUCGCGCCGUCGUGCGAAGCGCAGUGCUCCCGCCUGGAGGAGGAGCUCCGUCAGGCUCGGAGUCGACUGGCUCGGGUUCAGGAGGAGGCCGAGAGGCAGCGGGAGAGACAACAGAAGGAGAUUGCAUCCCUGAGGGCCGACAAGCACCGGCUGGAGGAGAAGGUCCUGGAGCAGAGCCGGACGAGCACAGAGAGGAGUCUGCUGGAGCAGAACCAGAGGCAGACGGAGGAGCGGAUCAGAGCUGAGUGUGAGGAUCGUCUCAGAGCUGAGUUCAGGAUCGAGAUGAACGCUGCCGUCGCUGAGAGCGAGCAGAGGUUUCAGGGCCGAGAAGAGGAGCUGCAGACCCAGACGUCCGAGCUGCAGGCUCAGCUGACUGAGCUGCAGGCACAGAUAGAAAAGAAGAAGGCGGGACAAGGAGACGAUUGCCACGGCAACCCUGAAAUUGACAGGUUGAGAAAGGAGGUUCAAGACACCAAGGAGAUAAAUAAGAAACUAAGAGAUCUGCUGCAGGAGCCUCAGAGCCAGUCUCUGGCAGAGGAGAGACACAACCAUGCCYCAGCGCUGCAGGCACUGGAGAGGCAGGCCAAGGAAGACCUGCUGUCUGAGAUCAACAGACUGAAGACACUGCACCACCUGGAGCUCGAUAAGCAGCGCGCAGAGCUGACCCAGCAGCACACCGAGUGGAGCCGACAGAUGACCCAGAGACACAUGCAGCAGAUAGAGGACCUGCAGGCCCAGCUACAAGCGCACACACAGAUGAUGGCCCUGCAACAAGACCUGAAGCAGCAGAACCAGAACCAGGUGUUCGAGCGACAGCUGGAUGAGAGUCGCUGUGCCAUGCUGGAGCUGCAGAGAGAAAACGCGGCGCUGAAAAAGCAACUUACAGAACGGUCAGUGCAGAAGAAUUCAGAAGUGGAGGAAAAAGAGGAAGAGAGCACAGACAUGAAAAAGACGAGAGACGCUCAGCUGGAGGAAGAAGCACAACGUCUGAAGGAGGAGGUGGAGAAYCUGAGGGUGGAGAUGGAGAAACUGGAGGAGUCCCAGAAACACUGGGAGGAGAGGAAAGACGACGACAUCAAGGAGGAGGAGAUGAGCGAAGAGAAGAGGAAAGAACGGGAAGAGGAGAAGAGGAGGAAGGAGCUGGAGGAGAUCAGGAAGGAGCACAAGAGGGAGAUGCAGAGUUUGGUGUCUGAAUACAGCAGCGCCCAGAACCACCUGCAGGCUCGGAUCGUGGCUCUGGAAAARGAACUGCGCGAGCGGGAGGAACGGUGCAGGAGGAGGGAGCCGCAGUGUGACGACCUGCAGCUGGGGAGGCUUCAGGAGAGACUUCAGGAGAGAGACCAACUCAUCAAACGAUUAGUGGAAGAGAGGCAUCAGCUGCAGCUCCACCCCCCUGUUGCUGGGGACAACAGCCCCCUCAGGCCCCGUGACAGCAAGUCCCGCCCCGGCAGCGUCACGCCAACCAUGAGGAAAAAGGARGUGGAGUCACCUCCUCGUGUCACCAGCACCCACUGCUCUUCUAUCUACGACAGGAGUAUCUUCCUUCCCCAUUCCUCCUCCUCCUCCUCGUCUUGUUCCUCCUCCCUCCACCCACACUCCUCCUCGACCCUCCCCCACCAGUCCAGCUCCCACCCUCACACCUCUCCUCAUUACUCCACCUCCUCCCUUCCACACAAGCACACCUCCCUCUCCCUGAGCCAACAUUCCUCGCCCUCCCUUCCUCGGUCCACCAGAUCCCGGACGUCCUGCAUCCCUCCCACCCCGGCGCCAACUGCUCCUCUCCCUGUCUGCCCCUCGCCGCAGACGGGCAUCCGAUACGUGUCCCCCUCCUGCCAGGACCCACACACAUACUUCCAGGGCCAUUCAAUCAGGGGCCCGUACCUGGAGCUGAGGGGGACUGAAGGGCUGAAGCAGGAGUGGUUCACCAAAUACUUCUCCUUCUGAGCACAAAUACCCACGACACAGCUGCUGCAAGUGCAUCUCAUAUACAGCUCAUUGCUUCUUCAACAAACUGCUUCUAACAGAGAAACAAAAUUUUAAAGCACACCGAUACACACACACCAACAUACAGUAUUUAUGGGCUCAUCACCAGCAAGGCCAUCUCAGACAUUGCCUCAAAGUUCAACCAAAAAGUGCUUCUCAACACAUGCCUGACCUCUUCUGAGAACGUCUGCCGGAUCUUAUUUAUACGGUUUGAAAUCUCUUUUGUGCUUCUUUUUAUAAUGCAGUCUUCCUUUUUUUAAAACACAACCGUUUCUCUAAUCCCAUCACAAAGUUAUUCCAAGCAAGUGAACUUUUUUUUUUAAAUCAACAACCAAGUGUCUCUUCAAGUAUGGAAGCGUUUAAACAAAAUCCAGUCGAGACCUACAUCAGAAUGGACACGCAAGUUGUCGUARUAAAGGAAGUUUGUUUCGAUGCAAAAAUGUAUGAUAAUCUUAAUGAAAAGUUGAAUAAACAUAUUUUGUUUUUCUAAA